AUGAGCUCCAUUUCAAAUACCAAAGUGCCUCUUUUUGGGCCCGCCAAGCAAUCGGUCGAGCACAAGAAGAAUAAUGAGUUUGGCCCCCUGACUUCUGAUGAAUAUCUGUAUCAAGUCCAUUCUCGGAACGGAGAACCUUUACGGGAUCCCGUCCUGGACGCACCUCCUUACUAUGUGGUUGUUAUCACAUACUUGAACUACCUGAUACUUAUUAUACUCGGGCAUAUCCAUGACUAUCUGGGAAUGACAUUCCAGAAAGAAAAGCACCGCGAGCUUUUGGAAAAGGAUGGUCUCGCUCCGUGGUUCUCAAAAUUUGAGAGUUUUUACGUGAGGAGGCUGAAGCUAAGGAUUGACGACUGUUUCUCUAGACCAACCACUGGAGUUCCAGGCAGAUUCAUUACAUGUAUUGACAGAAUUUCCCAUGACCUUAACAGUUACUACACUCACCCAGGAACCACCACCAUGUGUCUAAAUCUAUCUUCGUACAACUACUUGGGAUUCGCACAGAGCGAAGGCAAAUGUACAGACAACGCUAUUGCAAGUGUCGACAAAUAUGGCCUGACCGCAGGGGGUCCUAGAGCCCAGGCGGGUACUUCAGACCUUCAUCUGGAAACCGAGAAGCUUGUUGCGAGAUUUGUUGGCAAGGAAGACGCGAUGGUGUUCUCUAUGGGUUACAGUACAAAUGCCAAUUUCUUCAAUUCUAUCUUGGACUCCAAAUGUCUCGUCAUUUCCGAUGAGCUUAACCACACUUCUAUUAGAACCGGUGUCCGUUUAUCUGGUACCGCGGUGAAGGCGUUUAAGCACAAUGACAUGGAGGCUUUGGAGAAAUUGAUUAAGGAGCAGAUUGUUCAGGGUCAGCCUAAGACUCACAGGCCUUGGAAGAAAAUUUUGAUUUGCGUAGAAGGCCUCUUUUCCAUGGAGGGAACAAUGUGCAAUCUGCCCAAGUUAAUCGAAUUGAAAAACAAAUAUAAAUGCUAUCUUUUUGUGGAUGAGGCGCACUCUAUUGGUGCUAUAGGCCCUCAAGGUCGCGGAGUGUGUGACUACUUUGGUAUUAACCCUUCCGAGGUCGAUAUUAUGAUGGGAACUUUCACAAAAUCUUUCGGCGCGGCCGGCGGCUACAUUGCAGCUGAUAAGAAGGUGAUUGACAAGUUGAGGUGUGACCUGACAAUUCCAAAUUACGGUGAAUCUGUUCCUGCCCCCAUUCUCGCGCAAACUUCUGCUUCUCUUCGGAUCAUCACUGGUGAACUCAACCCAGGCGAAGGUCUCGAAAGACUGCAACGUAUUGCUUUCAACUCGAGAUAUCUAAGACUAGCUUUGCAAAGAUUGGGCUUCAUUGUUUAUGGCAUUGCUGACUCGCCAGUGGUACCCAUGCUAUUGUAUGCUCCUUCCAAGAUGCCAGCUUUUUCAAGAAUGAUGUUGCAAAGAAAGAUAGCUGUAGUGGUUGUGGCAUACCCCGCGACUCCAUUGAUCGAGUCUCGAGUUAGAUUCUGCGUUUCUGCUGCAUUAACCAAAGAGGACAUAGACUACCUUCUACGUCAUGUCAACGAGGUUGGCGAAAAGUUAUUCCUCAAGGUGAGCACCGGCAAAGCAGGUGGUUCGCUCGACGGCAAACCUCCAAGGUGGGAUAUUGAAGAGGUCAUCAGGCGUACACCAUCAGACUGCAAGGAUGAUAAGUACUUUUUGAUAUAG